AUGACAGACAAAGCCUCGACGCCCGAUAUUACAAGGAGUGCUUCACCGGCUGAUCGCUCCAAGCCUUCUUCAGCUGAAGAUCCCGACACCGCUACCACUCGCAAAGAGUUUGAUAACACCAGAAUUUCAGAGCCCAACGCUGCUUCCGCCAUGUCUGCCUUGCAGGCCAGCUCCAAGCUCUCUGCCGACGGCGACAAGGCAACCCUAGAGCUGCCCGUUCCCGACAGCCAGAACGACAAGCUAAAGGAACAGCUCUCGUCGCCUAAGAAGAAGCGAGCGCACGACGAGGUAGAACCCAACAAGGACCCCGCCCAGGAUCCAAAUGGCGACGUUUCGCCCAUAGGCGCGAAUGGCUCUGCUGCUUUGAGCAGAACAGACCGACUAGAGCCCGAGAAGAAACGACACCGAGAUAUCUCCAGCGAGAUCAAGGCUGACGCUGCCGAGACCAAGGACUCUGCUGAGCCCAAAACCACAUCGACCAGUGGAAACACACCAGACGAGACAAAGGCACCCACUGAGAAGCCCACUACUACUUCCGACUCUGCCUUCAAGAGCUCGGGACUUUCAGGAUUUGCAGCGGCGUCUUCUUCUCCUUUCCUGGCUGCCGGUGCCAAGCCACUCACCUCGUUUGCCAGUGCUUCGGCAUCGCCGUCGCCAUUUGGCGCCUCGGCAUCAUCCAAGUCAAACACACCCUCGGUCUUUGGUUCAGGCAGCGCAGCCAAUGGCUCUUCGCCAUUUGGACAACUUGGCGCAGCUUCCAAACCUUUUGGGGGAAGUGCUUUCGGCGGUGGUUUCACCAGCACCUUUGGCAGCAGCAAGUUGACCUCGUUUGCUCAGCCGGGCGGAUCUCUCAAGAGCAGUAAGCCCGCAAAGGCAUUUGGAGCCCCGGAUAGUGACCCCGACUCGGAUGGAGAAGAUGAAGCAGAUGAUGCAGCCAGCACCACCCAAGGCGAUGCCGACAAGCAAGACAAAGAUGAGAAAGAGGGUGAGAGUGACACCAAGAAGACAAAGCUCCAGCGAGUGACGGUAGAUAAUGGCGAGGCGGGUGAGGCUACUAUCCUCCAGCUUCGCGCGAAGAUCUUUCAUCUGGACAAGGGAGCCACGGCCUGGAAGGAACGCGGUGCCGGCAACCUCAAGGUCAACGUUCCAAUUCAAUGUAUCGACACGGACGACAAUGGGCUGCCCAUUCCUGGCAGUUUCGACGCUUCCAGCCUAGAGGAUGGAGAUGUCAAAUCCGUCCGACUUAUUAUGCGACAGGACUCGACGCACAAGGUCAUUCUGAACACGACGCUUAUACCUGCCAUGACGUUCCAGGAAAAGCCUAUGAACAAGACUGUCUGCGUAUUGUUUACUGCCAUUGAAGGGGCGGGCGAGGCCAUCAGUGUCCAAUUAAAGAUGAACCCCGCAAAUGCUAAGAGCUUCCUCAACGAGGUCGGCAAGAUCCAACGCGAGCUUCAGUCGAAUUAG